GAAAGCAGAGCUGUGAUGCAGGCAGUGAAUCACAUGAGCAGGGAUCUGUUUACAAACUGAGAGCUGUAGAUGAGAAGUGGAGAAGAGAGACGAGGAAGCAGAGGGUGAAUGUGAGAGGGAAAUCCAGGAGAGGAAAAGAGGGUCUGAAACAGCAUUAACGGAGCUGUCCUGGUGUGUUUCAUACGUCAGUGUUUUCAGCAUUCAGAGCAGGAAGGCAGAGGAAGAUAUGAGGAACUGUUUUCCACAGGAACACUAAGAGGCUGCUCGCCUGCCUGGUUGGCUGGCUGGCCAUGCUGCUGGGGAACCCAUCCAUGUCCUUGCCUUUGUUUCUCCGUAAUUAGCCACAGCAGGUUUUCACAGCCAGCGAGAAGGAGACGUGGAGAUCUAAAGGAAGAUCAACAUGGAGAUCUAAAAGACAAGAGAGGAAAAGGCUGAAGAAAAAAGACAAGGAAGAGGGACGGAAAAGCCUUGUGACAAUGUUUUGAAGCGGAGUAAAAGAAGAAGCAGUGACUGCCAGUGGUUCAUAAGUGCAUGGGAUUUGGAGUAUAUUUCUUCAUCUUGUCAAAGACAUUAGUGUCCUCUCACCCACACAACUCCACACUGGUUUCUUUGUCAUGCACUGGGAAGACACAAAGGAAUACUCAGAUCUCUACCUCUGAUACGUGUACAGUUGAUGAGGCCGUAUCACGUUUGUGAGGGUAAAUCAUCGCAGCACACACACUGCAGUAUCAGAGUUCAGAUGGGCAGCUGGUUUUUUGAGGAAGAUCUUCUAAAGGAGCUGAGAAUCUCCAUUCAGCUGCCCUAAGUCCACAACUGCAGCUAUCAGCUAUCAGAGCAAUAAUCCCAGAAAAGUUGUGGAAGUUUCUGACACUGGAGAGGUCCUGGCCCCAGACCACCAACGUGGGCCAUCCAGACAUCUGCGUGUUUGAUGCAUCCUGUUCAGUGGUGUUACGGGUGUCUGUGUGACUUUGAACUGCAGGACUCUGACCCCUACUGCAAAAUGACAUCCGAACAGCUCUUCCACCUGCCGCUCAACGUCUACAUCAUCAUCCUGGGCAUCGGCCUCUUCAUCCUCAUGCUCAGCCUUAUCUUCUGCUGCUACCUGUUUAGACUGAGGAGACAAGGUGCAAGAGAAAACUAUGGCUACAAUGAGGUUGUUUUGAAAGGAGCGGGAAAAAAACUGAGCCUUCUUGGUCAAACAUGUGCAGUGUGUCUAGAAGAGUUUCGCAGCAGGGACGAGCUUGGAGUGUGCCCAUGUUCUCAUGCUUUUCACAAAAAAUGUCUGCUAAAAUGGUUAGAGAUCCGCAGCGUGUGCCCGAUGUGCAACAAGCCCAUUUGUCGCAUCCAGCCCGAACCACCACAAGCACCUGAGCGGCCGCAAAGUCUCCUGGAGGUCUGAGACAAGGAACUGUGUCCAGAACACUGAUUCAUCUGCAGGCACUUAAAACUGUUUUGCACAGAUCCUGUCCCACUGUCUGACAGUCGUUUUAGUGAUGCAAAUACAGUAUAUAGAAAUCUGAGUUUUUUAAAGCAGAGCCUUCCUGCAAGUGGAAUUUCAUUGGAAUAUAUGUGUAAAACUGAUCAUAAAGUGUCAAAGACUACCUGGAAAUGAUAUGAAGGGACUUUGCCGCAAUGAGACACAGGAGGUAACUGUAAGGAUAUUUCAUCAAGACACAACAUGGUGGAUGUGAUGUGUGGUAGCACUAGCACUGCCUUCCACUUGCCUCGGAGGUCAGAACUUAGAGCUUGAAAUGACCACACGUGGGUUGACUGUGCCCCAGUUGCAAGCUGUACUACCAGUUAGUAUGCUGACUGGCCAGACUAGCUGAUGCUAGCAAUUGCAGCUAAUAACGACGCAAUAUGUUGUCAUUUGUGCAUCCAAAUGCUGCAGUAGCGUACUUACUGAUAGAGACUGGACAGUGUAACUGAUACAAAUUUACAGAGGUGUUCAUUACCACAACUGUUACCUCUCUUUAUGCCCAGAGCAUCCAUGUUGGAUCACGAGAUUGGGAGCUGGUGAGGUUCUUCUCACAUUCCGAGUCUGAAAUCUGACUUCAUUUUAACUUUCCUACUGGGAAUUCUGAAAUUCUGACUUCCGAGUUCAAAUGGAGCAUACCAUAAUUAUAAUAAAAAGUUUAGAUAAUUGCCUAAUACUCAAAGCUAACAUACAAGUGCCUUAAAAGCUACAUUUUCAUUAAAGCCCUCUAAAACGAGUCUGUGUGAACAGGAUUGGUUGUAAGAUGGCUAAUUCCACUUCAGGUGUGUAGUCUUAGCAUUGUUUAAAUUUAAUCUGUUAAGAGGAUAAAUGGUUGGAUUUCUUUUCAUUAAACUUACAAGAGAAAAAAAGCAAAAACAUUUAUAGAAAUUUCAUGGGAUAUACAAUAGAUUUGUGUAGAAGUUCUUUCAGUUCUAAGGGUAAAUGUAUCAGGACAUAACAGAAAAAAAUGAUCUAGUCUUUACCACAUCUUAAAAUUAGGUAAAUACAACCUCAGAUGAACCAUAUAACACUGCCAUUUUAUUUAAUAAACAGUAAGCUAAAUUGCCGUUGCAUUGUGUAAACAACUAAGUAGACUAUGUGAUAUAUUAUCUUGUGAAAAACUAGCAGUGGUAACUUGAAAUAAUCAUUUUCUAUUUUGUCUCACAUUUUUAUGGAGGUAUUUUGGUCCACCCUUCUUUACAACGUUGCUUAGCUCAUUGAGGUUUGCAGCAUUCAUUCAUGCAGAGCUUUGUUAAAGCGCAGGCUGAGGUCUGAAUUUUCACUGUGUCAUUGCAACACGUUGAGUCUAUUUCAGCCAUUCUGUAGCAGACUUGUUGCUGUACGUGGGACCAGUGUCCUGUCUCAUGACUCAGUUUUGGCCAAGCUUUGUCUCACAUCUGACUCUGGAAUACUUUGUUAUACAGAGGACUUCAUAGUCCACUUAAUGACUGCAAAGUGUCCAGGUCCUGUAACUGAAAAACAAGCCCUGAUCAUCACCCCUCCACCACUAUGCUUGACAGUUAGUAUGAGGUGUUUUGUGUUGAUGUGCAGUGUUUGUUUUUGUCACCAAAAGUAAUUAGACAGAAAUAAACAUUGGUUGUUAAUAUUGCCCCAGUUUUCCUCAUCAGAUGACAUGUUAAAAGUGACAAACAUCAGCCAUACCAAUAUAUAAUGUCAAUAUAUUGUGCAUCCCUACUUAAUUCCUAUGGAAACAGUAAGGGUGAACAUAGGUAUUUAAAAUCUUACUUGUGCACUUUGGCUUAGUUUUUGUAAAAUAGAUGUUUUGGAGUUCAUCUGAGAUUUUGUUACCAAAUUUUAAAAAUUGAUUUUUUAUGUUAAUGUUAUUGUCCUCUGACUUUAACAUUUAAACUUAGGUGUAUUCAAGAAGUCAAUCAAGAAAACUUUACAAAGGGAACAGCAUUUACCAUCAAUAGCAAAAUACCAGCUAACAGUAGGCUAUUGUAUAGGGAUCCACAACGGAGUGAAAAGAUACCAGCUAGCUGUCAUCAGAGAUUACAUAUUCAUCGGGCAAGUGGGGGUCAGAUACUGUAGUUUAGCUUUAAGCAUGAAUCCCUCACCAUGUCAGUUGUGGGCUCACAUUAUGGCCAGGGAGUCCACCUGGAGUGUUACUCCUGUAACUGAACUAAUGAGGUUAGUUUUUGCCUCCAGAGAAGCUUUGAUUCUGAGAUGUUUGCAUGACAAAACUCCAGCUUGCUCAUUUUUCAAUUUGCCCAAAAAUGACAAAACAGCACCCCGUGAAACUAAACACUUCUGAUCUUUUACCACAAUGUAAGAGGGGGGAAGAAGAAGAGGAUGAUGCAGCCUUCAGAGAACAAUAGUUGUUAAGACAUCAGAGCCCCCAUUUGGGUCACUGUUGUUCCAAACAUGAUAGCAUGUGCAGACUGUUAUGAAAUGUAGUUUGUAUAUAUAUAUAUAUAUAUAUAUAUAUAUAUAUAUAUAUAUAUAUAUAUAUAUACAUAUAUAUAUAAAAUAAGCACAGACUCCUAUUUAACAGAGCAUGAUAACUGUGAGCUUAGAAGUGGGAUGUGUGUUUUUUGGCUGCAUCCAUUGUCUUACAGGCAACCAGUUUCAUCCUAAUGUGAGGCUGAGUGGCGGUAGCGAUGGCCUAAAUGGCAAGCCAGCCGAGUCAUGUGGAAUCUAAAAGAAUAACUACAUGCUGUCACAUGCUUGUUUGACCAUAACUAAGUGGCUUAACCACAAAAACAACACAUUUAUAUAUAUAUAUAUAUAUAUAUAUAUAGUAUCAUAGUCAGCCUUCAAUAAAGUGUAUUGUGUGUAAAUGAUGCUUAAACACUGUCUGUUAUUUGUUAAAUGUUUGUAACUAUGCCCAAAUAAUGAUUUUUAAUUGUUGUGACAAGCAGAGGCUGUUUUCUGACUUACAAAAAACAUACAAGUGUUUUGAUAAGGUAAUUUAAAACUAAGUAUUUAGUUUUCGUUCAUUUUAGACAGUUGUGUAUUAUUAUGUCGUCACUGAGCCUGUUUACAUGUGCACCAAAAACCUAAACAUUACCUGAUUUCUGGAGCUAUCAAAUAAUGAUUCAUGUGGUCAUGUAGACAGCUAAAUCUGAUAGCUAUCCUUUAUCAGAUAACUGCCAUUAUUGGAAUAUGAAAAUCAGAUUAACACAAGUAAUAUUGUGUAGACAAAGUGAUUCUAAUAAAGAGGUAACAAGGUAAAAAGUCAUUUUUCUAACAAUUUUUUAACCAUUCUAACCAUAGUUUUAAUGCUAAUUAGCUAUUGCUAGCAUGCUAAAAUGCUAAGCUAAGAAGGUAAAGAUGAUGAACAUCAGUGAUAAACUGGCUAAAUGUUAGCAGUAAGGCUGCUGUAAACACAUUAGCAUACUGAAAUAAGCAUUUAUAUCCAAUCACAGUUUCACUCAAGAUGCUAACUCCUUUGCUUUGUUUGGUAGAGCUUAGAGGAGAAAGAAAUUUUCAAAAAGGGGUUACCCCUUUAUUCCUACAUUGCAAUAUAGUAAAAA